GAGACAAAAGGAGACAGACAUGCACACACAGAGAAAACAAAAACACUUCCUGGGCUUAAUCCCCAGCUCCCAUGGACACGGAGGAGGAGCAAGAGAGUAGUUCUAGCCAGACCAGCAAAGGCCCAAAGAACCUGGGCAAUUCUACCCACUGAGCUGAUUAAGAAUUGUGUGCUUUCUGCCAAAGGACUGACUCCCAUCCCUGGAGAAAUCUGUAUUCCAGACUCCUGGUGAUUGGAAGAACACCAGAGAGCCUCAGAAUUAAAAGGACAAAGGGGGGGGGGGGUGAGUCUUAAAAAACAAAUAUGCCACACUCUCUCCACCCCCUUCACCACCAUAGGCUGACAAAGUUUGCUGAAGAAAAACCAGCUUCCUUAUCCAGUUCCAGCCUAACCCAGCAGGAAGGAACGUUCUAUAGCAGAGUGAGAAGUGUCGAAUUUUUUGGGGACAAGAAGUACCAGAAAAGUCUCCAUUACAAAUACUAAUCAGAAAUAUCGACUCCUAGGGCCACCGAGGAAAGUGGCAAAAGUAAAGUGGUUUUGUUAUUAUUAGCCACUGAGCCUGGGAAAAUCUCUUUGCCUCCUACCCUUCUUUGGAGUGUCAAGACAGAACAGAAGAUGAGGCGACACAUGGUAGGAAAGGAGCUGUCCAGACAAUGGGAAAUAGAGAGAAAGGAUGCCAAGCGGGCUGAAGCCAGGCUCAGACUAGGACUCCUGAGGCUGGAGGAGAAUUGGCUUUAUCGCAUGAACAUGGUGGCCAGAGAGCAGAGGCAGCUACAGAAAGAACUGGAGAAGCUGAGACAGGCAGGCAACUCCAAGAAAAAGUUCUCGUCUUUCAGCAAUGAUUUACUUAGGACUCAGAAGAAGCCAGAAAUUCCCACAAUCCCCCAACAGGAAGGUCACAGACACUGGACAGCUGAGCCCGGUGGCAUUCGAACAAUGGAAACUCGUCUGCUCCAAACUAAGAAGUAUGAACCCUCCAAUCCUACCCAGAUAGCAAGUUCACAUCCCAUUAACUACACAAAGAAUGAAGAAGAGGCAUCUUCUCAAAGCUCCAGGGGCUCCGGCUCUCUUGAAGGUGGACCUAAAGCCCCAAAGAGUUCAGUCACUGUCAUUAACCCCUUCCAGGACAGAGAUUCCAUCAACCAGCCACAAGAAGACAUCUCUGCUGAUCUCCACAACCAUGGAACCCUCAGCAAAGCAGAACAAGUUCCUGAUGCUCCCCAGGUUGAAAGUGAGGCGAUAGAAAUCAAGGCCAGUCCUAGCGGAGGUUUUGGCUCCAAAUCUGGCAGUGGAAAACAGAACCAUUCUCCAGAUAGAGAGAAGUCUACCUUUGAUCCCAAGGCCUAUACUCUUUACAGUUACCUCAGGACAGUGGAUACAAUGCCAACCUACCUAGAACUCUUUGCAAAGAUUAAGAAUGCCCGCUACCUCCGGCAUAGGGUGCCCCCUGAAUUUGAGAGGGAUCUCAGUAUUGGGGAAAUAUUUGGACAUGAAACAUGCUUACCCAGGGAAGGAAGCAAGUCUGAUGAGAGCCUUAGCACUUAGAAGAGCCUCUUUGGUCUCAUUUUGGUCCAGCUGGCCAACAGCAUGUAUUAGGAUCUCUGACUAGAUACACCCUUAAGCCAUCUUCAGCAGGAACAAAAAAAGGGGGCAGUCUAAUGCCAGAAUCUAAUUUAGAAAUCCCUUUCUUUUGCUGCAUUAAACUAAAAAGAAUUAUAAGGAAUGCUAAAUUGAUCAAACAUAUAAAAACUUGGAGAAAAUAUGAAUUCUACAUAAAUGCUAACACUAAGAAUCUAAAUUUAGAUCUGUUCCUGAAAGGAAUCAUUUUGAAUAAGUACCUCCAGAGCUGCCAUCUACUGGCAAAAUGACAGAUUCUUGUUCCCUUUAACUUGAAACCAGUUUUCAGUGGUUACCAUAUAGAUUCUUUUGGUCACUUCUACAGCACUGUGAUAUUUGCAAAGCAUUUUGCAUGUAUAAUCUCAUUGGAAUCUCAAUAUAAUGCACCUAUUCACAAUACCCCCAUUUUACAAAUAAAGAAAUUGAGGGUUGGGGAUAUUAAAGUGACUUGUCUACUGUUACACUGCUGAUAUCAGACAGAAGUAGAAAUUGAAGCCAGGCCUAUAGUGACCUUGAGUUCGGCAUUCUUUCCACUGGGCCAUGUUGGUGAAUAGAAAGGAGCAGGAAAUCAUUAGAGAUAGAAAGGUCCUUAGAAAUUAUCUAAUCUAUUCAUUUCCUACAGCUGAGAAAACAUACCCCAAAACAAGAUGCACUACCCAGGGUCCUAUUAACAAAUACUUUUCUCCCACUGUUCCAUGGUCUCUCCUAAAGACCUUUGCUUGCUGCCUUUAUUUCUAAGCUUUUUAAGGUUUAGUUUCCCUGUCACCCCUUAAUCUAUCGAGAAAAAUCUUUCAGUCCUAGCAUGGGGAGUAGAGCAUAGGUUGGCCUCACCCAUAAUCAUUGGCAGCUAAGCCUCUGGAGUGUUUCUGUCUUGCUCUCUCUACGGCACACAGCCAACACUUUAGGCAGAGGCACAAAUUCAAAUUAGACAACUUCAGAAAAAGCUGUUUAUUAAAGUGACUUUUUUUAUUUUUGUAAAAUGCUUUUUUCAAUCUCUGCUAAGCCAAACAAGAUUCUGCAAAUUGUAGAAUUAAGUAGAAAAUAAAGUUUACAUCCUAACACAAAA